CAAAUUUCUCACAUUUAUUCUGUGAUGUUUGAUCUGAAAGCUCAGACCAGAUUCAGCAUCGGAUGGUUUCAGACUGAGAUCGUCAGAGGAUCCGAAAUGAAGAUUCUGGUGUUUCUGUGUUUUGUGGGAUUGAGUUUUCAAGGCUCUGAUGCAGUGACUCAUUCUCUGAAGUAUUUCUACACCGCUUCCUCUCAAGUCCCGAACUUCCCAGAGUUCGUGGUUGUCGGAAUGGUUGAUGAUGUUCAGAUGGUUCAUUAUGACAGCGACACCAGAGUGGCGGUUCCUAAACAGGACUGGGUGAAUGAGGCUGUGGAUCAGCAGUACUGGGAGAGACAAACUGGAGGCCUUCUGGGUUCACAGCAGACCUACAAAGCCAACAUUGAAAUAGCAAAGCAGCGCUUCAACCAAACUGGAGGUGUUCACGUGUUCCAGCUGAUGUACGGAUGUGAGUGGGAUGAAGAGACUGAAGAGGUCAAAGGUUAUCGUCAGUAUGGUUAUGAUGGAGAAGACUUCAUUGCUCUUGACCUGGAAAAGGAAAUAUAUGUUGCUGCAAAACAACAGGCUGUCCUUACCAAAAAUAAGUGGGAAAAUGACAAAACUGAAAUGGCAUACAGAAAGAACUACUACACCAAGGAGUGUCCUGAGUGGCUGAAGAAAUAUGUAAACUCUGGAAGGAGUUCUCUGAUGAGAACAGAGUCUCCUUCAGUGUCUCUCCUCCAGAAGUCCUCCUCCUCUCCAAUCAGCUGUCAUGCUACAGGUUUCUAUCCUAAUAGAGCUGAACUGCUGUGGAGGAAAGAUGGAGAGGAGAUCCAUGAAGGAGUGGAGAAAGGACAGAUCCUCCCCAACAAUGAUGGAACUUUCCAGAUGAGCGUUGAUCUCCAACUUCCAUCAGGAGAAGAAAUGCAGAGAUAUGAAUGUGUGUUUCAGCUCUUUGGAGUCAAAGACCAAAUCACUAAACUGGAGAAAACAAAGAUCAGGACCAAUGAAGAGUCUAUCAAUCUUGGGUUGGUCAUUGGUGUUGUCCUUGCUUUGGUUGUUCUCCCUUUUAUCGUUUUUGGUGCUUAUAAAGCAGUGUCUGCAUUUAUUCAUUACAUGAGGGAAGAAAAGCGUCCACCAACCCCUCCAGAAAACGCUGAAGUCAACCAGGUGAUGCUUCCAGAAGUCCAAGAGAUGAACUCUCCUCAGAACAGUUAAGGAGCAAAAAAUUAUUUUUUUUUCUUUUCUUAUGAUGAUUUACAUAAAGCCAGCGAUCCUUUAAUGCAAAUCCUUUUUAAAUUUUUCAGCUUGCAAGCAGACAAGUUUGUUAUUGAAAGCCUAAAAUAUGAAAAAACAUAAAUUAGAGUUUGGUUUGUUAAAAUACUUUAUCUUUUUCAGUAAAGUAUAGAAUGGUUGAAAUGUAUCAAUACUUCCACAUUUGCUAAAUCUGAAGUAAAUUAAAAGUUGUUUGUUCUGUGAUGGCAUUUUACUUUGCUUAUUCAAAACUUUUGUCUCAGUUCUAAAUGUUUUUGUCUUUAUUCAUCAUCUGGUUGUAUAUUUUGACACUUAUGCAUAGAGGCAACACACUGCUUGAUUUGUGUUACUCCUGAGUUAUUAAAGAAACUGUCUUUUGAAUGAAAGUUAAGCUCAAUUAUUUGGUUCUUGUCUUCUUUUUUUAUCAACUUUUGUGUUUCUUGUUGAUUUUAUAGACUUCCUGUGUGUGUAGACAUUGCUAAUAUAAAAGUUGGGGUUAAAUCACUUUGCAUGGGAAAUCAAAUGUUUGUUGAACUUCUAUUUCAUGCUUUUUCUUUGUAAAUUUUUCCCUGAAUAAAACCUGUUGUAAAUCCACA